UGCCAAGCAGCAGCAUGUGGCCAUCAUCGUCUGCACUGUUCGCCAUCUGGACUUUUCAUUUCAUUUGGAUCACAUGUCACGCACCCGCUUUAUAGAAGCAGAGGAGGCCAUAAACCAGGAAGAUUUCCUGCAUCCUCCCUUCAGCUGCCCCGACGCGAUGAGUCCCUCUCUCAGCGUUCCCACCUCAGUGGACUUCGUCAAAGCCGCUGACGUCAAAGUCAUCGCCGCUCUAGGAGACUCGUUGACGACGGGCAUCGGCGCGAACGGCUCGAGCAUUCUGUCCAUUCCCUUCGAGUUCCGCCAACUUUCUUGGAGCAUCGGAGGAUAUGGAACUUAUCCAAAUGUCAUCACCUUGGCAAACAUUUUGAAAGUGUUCAACAAGAAUCUUUUGGGCCCGUCGCCGUUCGCCACCUUUCACGGGCGGCCAUCCACCGUCAACCAGACGGGCUUCAACUUCGCUGUGACGGGACACAACACGCUGAACAUGUCAGGUCAGAUUCGACACAUGAUUAAAACCUUCAAGUCGUAUCCGGGUCUGAGCUUCGACGAGGACUGGAAGGUGGUGACCGUGCUGAUCGGCAUGAACGACAUCUGCGACUACUGCAAAAACAAGACUCUCUUCUCCGCUGACAAUUUCAUCCGCUACAUGACCGAAGCUCUCGACAUGAUGAUGAACCAGAUUCCGAGGACCAUCGUGAACGUGGUGCAGAUCCCCCCCAUGAAGCCCCUCAGAGACGUCCACAAGCCCACGCUGGGCUGUCGGCUUCAAAGGCGUUUCUGCUCGUGCCUCGUUCGGCCUGGAGAAAACUCUGCCGAGCUGAAGGAGCUGGUGGAGCUCAACGUCCUUUUCCAGACAAAGCUCCAGAAGCUUCUACAGGGCCAGCGCUUCUUCAAGCGGGACUUUGCCGUCAUUCUGCAACCUUUCCUGGAGAAGGCGGGACCGCCAAGACUGCCUGACGGCUCGGUGGACUCGAGCUUCUUCGCGGCCGACUGUUUCCACUUCACGGUCAAAGGUCACGAGGAGCUGGCCAAGGGACUGUGGAACAACAUGUUCCAGCCCGACGGCGAGAAGCAGAUGAUUGACAGCUUCUCCGAGCCAAUUGAACUCAUCUGCCCGCCAAAAGAACAUCCUUACAUUUACACCGGGCCUCGUGUCAAGAAGUCAGCCGCGCCCAUCGUCAAAGCGUCAACGAUGUCGCUCAUCUUUAUUUUGGUCCUUUUUAAUUAUUAACGUGAAGGCUAAUUGUAUAGAGACUCUAAAUGAUUAUGAAUAUUAACACACUAAGUACAUUUAAAAAUUAUUGCGCAUUACGUAAGUCACUUUUUGAUUUGCCAUUUCAUAAAUGCUGCUAAUGUUUUGUUUGGAUUCACGUCCAUUAUGUAUUGUGCAUCGAUUGUGCUUCUCGACCGAUAUCGAGGGUUCAUUUUGUUGUUGUUCUAGCAAAAGCUCGAUUUACACUCAUCAAGAACUAAAAUCCGAAAUAAAAAAUUUUAAAGUGCACAUCAUACAUCAAAAUUCAAAAAUGGAUAUCGAUUUUCAAGUAUAUGUUGACGCAGCUGUUCAUCUGUUGCAUAUUAAAUUAAUCAACUGUAUCUUUGAGCAUUGCGGUGGCCUGAUUAAUUUAGUCCCCAUCUUUUAAUGUAUUUAAGUUGGCUGGCAUUCAUUUUUCCACAAAUAGUUAUUGCUUUCUCCCUCAGCAUGAUCAUAAUGUGCUCCGAAAUACAUUUUACACACGUAAAUGUGUUUUCAGUGGGUAUUCGUAUACGUUACGUCUAUAUGCCUUUUGUCUCUGUGGAAGAAGAAAUUAUUCUGUGCCAGUCACCGUUUACCAGCGGUUCUCAAACUGGGGUUUUUGCAGCAAAAAAAAAAUCUAAAUGUGACAAAUCUAUUCUACUGGUAUCAUGUAAAAUGAUAAUAGUGCUACAAAAUGCAGACUCGCAGACCCCCCCAAAAAAACACUGCACAUGAUCAUUGUUUAUGUUUUCCUUCUCUUAUUUUGUACCAUUCCAAUUUUGUUAAGCAUUACAAUAACAAUAAAGGUGAUUCAAUUUGAACUUCA